AUGAAGAUCACCGCGCUGAAGGGGAAUCUCGCAGCUGUUCGUACUGAAGUGCGCUUGCUUUUGGGCAGUACAGGAAGCUUGCAUUCCUUUUUUGAUGAGGAACAGGCGGUAAAGACUGAGGAAUGCGCAGAAGCUAUUUUGGACGAAAGAAUGUAUCCACUACACACGACCGCUUCUGCGCCUUCCAUGCGCGCUUCGGAAAACCAUCGUCCUGCCAUGGCUCCAUUAACCCCAACAAACGACGACCCGGGCAACGUGAAGGUCGUGGUCCGAUGCAGAGCUUUUGUACCCAGAGAAAAGGAAAAGGGAACGAAAUGUCUUAUCCGUAUGGACCCAGCAUCGCAGAAAACAACUCUCUAUGCGCCGCAAGAGGGAAACGGACGCAGGGUCCUCGAAGACAAAGAGUUCACCUUUGACCGCUCAUACUGGUCGCAUGACGAGAGCGACCCGCACUAUGCCCACCAGGAAGACGUCUACCGCUCCUUUGGCGAAGAGUUCCUCGACCACAACUUCAGCGGUUACCACACAUGUAUCUUCGCGUACGGACAGACGGGCUCGGGCAAGAGUUAUACCAUGAUGGGCACACCAGACAAUCCAGGUUUGAUUCCGCGAACGUGCGAGGAGCUGUUCGACAGGAUCGCCCAUGAACCGUCACCCAACACCAAUUACCACGUCCAGGUCUCCUACUUUGAAGUAUACAACGAGCACGUCCGCGACUUGCUCACCCCAAGGACGAACCCGCCCAUCUACCUCAAGAUCCGCGAGAGCCAAAGGGACGGUGUCUACGUGCAGGGUCUGACUGAGGCCGAAGUGAAGAGCUAUGCUGACGUCGCGCGCUUGAUGAAGGUUGGUGAUAUGAGUCGAACAACGGCAUCCACUAAGAUGAACGACACAUCGUCCCGCUCCCACGCCGUCUUCACAAUUCGCCUCAAGCAGAUUACACAUUCCCUCCUCUCCGACGAGACCAUCGAACGUACAGCACGCAUGCGCCUCGUCGAUCUCGCUGGUUCCGAACGUGCCAAAUCCACAGAGGCGACUGGAGCUCGACUGAAGGAAGGUGGGCAAAUCAACAAGUCUCUUACUACGCUUGGGCGCGUCAUCGCUGCACUCGCGGACCCACGGCGACACGGUGCCAAAGGACGGCGGCCGCGCGAAGUCGUUCCAUACCGCGACUCGGUCUUGACAUGGCUGCUGAGAGACUCUCUGGGCGGCAACAGUAAAACAGCCAUGGUCGCCUGCAUUGCGCCAGCCGACUACGACGAGACCCUCUCCACUCUUCGCUACGCCGACCAAGCGAAGCGGAUCCGCACUCGUGCCUUGGUCAACCAGGACUGUAUGUCAGCUGCACAGCGAGACGCCCAAAUCGCCGAGAUGUCGGAGCAGAUCCGGAGUCUCCAGGUCUGCGUCAAUGCCGCGAGUCAACGGAAGAGAGAAGAGGCUACUGAGCUGGACGAGUACCAGAGACAGGUCGCACUCAUGCAACGUCUCAUGGAAGAGAACCGACAGGUCUCGGCAGCAAAGAUCAAGGCGCUCACGUCCGAAGUCGAAGAGCUACGCCCUCUCAACGUGACUCUGCGCGCCGAGAUCGACACAUUGCGUCGCCAUCUCGCUCUUGCCCUUGGAGAACUCAAGAACCCCAUCGUCUUACCUCCGCCACGAGAACUUGGCACACCGGACUUUGAGAGCGAUGCAUGGCUUGGCGAAGGGGAGGGCACAGAGGGCUUGGUUGCUCCCCCUGCUGACGGUGAGGCUAGCGAUGGUGACUCUGAUUCUGGUUACGACGAGGGUGACCAUGACGAGCUGGCACAAGAGCUGCAGGACGAGGCGGAGAACUUCCUAAGGGAUCUAGGCAUGUUCCGCAGGAAGGUCGGCAGUGACGUGGAGAGAUUCGGAAUUCGCGAAGGGCUUGCUGAAAUCAUUGGGAACGGUGUUUGA